AUGUCUCGCUAUAUGAAAGAUCCUAUUGGCGCCUUCGUCGAGUCUUUCAACAAUGGCAGGGUCAACUCUGAGGAGCGGCUCGAUCGUUCGCUCCUCAAUGUUGCGGCCAACCUAUCCGAAAGACACUAUGAUGUUUUCUUGAGAAAAAUGCUAUCAUCUUCUUCAUCCGUUUCUCGUUUGGCUUUUGAAAUGCUGCUUGCAUCCACUGAGUGUGGGCCUAUCUUUAGCAAGUGGUUAUGCGAAAACUUCCCAGCUAUGCCCCACAUAUUUUCUUCUUCUCUUGUUGCCGCAGUUCUUGACAGGCUUUCUGCGUCCUUACCAUUUCUUUAUCCCUUUGAAAGAGAGUUAUCUUUGAAGUUGGGCGCUUAUCGUGCACGAGUCGAGCAUGCACCGCAAAUGAUACAGGCCCUUCUCGAUUAUCACCCGCCUCCUGCUCCUGUCUCAAGCCCGCAAGAAAUGCAAGAUGACAUCUUUUUGGUGAAGAUUAAGCAAACUCAACGUCAGCGAAAGGGUGCGAAGGCCAGGAUGACAACUUCCUUUGAUCCUAAACUCAAGAAAGCAUUCGAGACCUUCGGACUGCAAUUUCCAGACAGUAAAGAAGAUGCAUCUGACUAUUUCAUGAAGAUUUUCGCUGGGCAGAUGGAAAUAUUGAAGUUUUAUCUUCAAAUCCUAAAAGAACCCACCGUCGAGGCUGCCAUCAGACAAUCCUUUGUAGAAGUGAAAAUAUCAAAUGACGAGCAACACCAUUGGAUCGACUCAAUCGCAGAAAAGGAGACUCUGCCUGAGGCUGAAGAUACUCCUAACUUACCUGCUGCUUACCCCAUGGUCCAACCUAUGAAGGCCGCCCUAUAUUUUGACAGUGCUGAAGGCUUUGGAGAAUGGAGAAUCUUAAUAUCCACUCGUGCCGACCGCGAUCUUCGCGAAGCUCGCAGGAAGGAUGCCAAAUUCUUCAAGAUUAUCAUCAAGAAGAUAAAAGAGCUCUCGAAGGGGCACUUCUCCGAUGAUAAUCAGAAGAGGCUAAAUGGCUCUUAUGGCGAGAUUCCAAUUUAUGAAGCGAAAAUGACAAGAGAUUCAAGACUGAUUUAUCAAAUUGAUUGCAUCCCCGAAUAUGACGACAGCAUUGAGCGGCAAGUCAUCAAGAUUUUUGGCAUCUACACCCAUGCACAGAUAGACAGGCGGUUGUGGGACUCAAUAGGCCACCAGCUCGCUAGAAAGGGCAAAGAGUAUCGGCAGAGAUGUCUUUUUCGCAAUCACCCAAAUUCUGCAGGCGAUAACGUCUUUUCUCCUGCUUGCUUCCCACCUGCAGAGAAGGCGGAAGAAGAAGAGUCCGUUGUCCCACAGCUUCCUCGCGAAAGCCUUGAAGAGAUGCACUCGCUUCUUGUGCUGGAGAAAUUCGUCACUUUCUCCCAGGCAUUGCUCAACAGCAUUAUAGCAGAUCUUGAUGUUGCUCAUGUUUUUAACGUCAGUCCCCAAGAGAAAGAAAUCAUUGAGUAUCCGUAUUCGUGCUACGUUCUUGGCCGCAGUGGCACUGGAAAAACGACGACAAUGUUGUUCAAGAUGUUAGGGAUCGAGCGAGCUUAUAGCCUUCGCAAAGGCACGAUGGCCAAACCGAGGCAGAUUUUUGUUACUCAAUCCCGAGUCCUCGCCAACAAGGUCGAGGAAUAUUUUUCCAAGUUGUUGGAUUCGCUUUCGACGGCUGAUAAAACAAAAGAAGAGCUCGCUGAAAUGAUCAAGCUGAAGAGACGACGCCAUGAAGAAGAGGGCCUCAUCGACAUUGAUGAUGACCAUACCUGGCGUGCCGACUUGCCUUCGAAGUUCAGCCAACUACGUGAUGAGCAUUUCCCGUUGUUUUUGACAUUCGACCGAUUGGCAUCGCUACUAGAGGCCGACAUCGGCGGUGGUGUCAAUGACAAAGUGGCUAUAGCUACGCCCCCUUUGAUAGAAGACAACAGUGCUCUGGGAAAGGGCUCCAGAUUAAUCUCGUACAACACUUUUUUGGAGUCGUACUGGCCGCAUUUUGCUCAAAGUCUCACCAAGGGCCUCGAUCCUGCUUUGGUAUUCAGUGAACUCAUGGGUGUUAUUCAAGGCUCGGAAGAAUCCCUCAGCGACGAGCGCCAUUACAUCGACAAAGAGACGUAUGAAAAUAUGAGUCAUAGAGCUCAGUAUGCAUUUGCCAGCCGCCGUGGGAUCAUCUAUGCAAUUUUCCUUCAAUACCUCAAGCAGAAAAAGUCGAGCGGCGAGUACGAUGCCGCGGACAGGACACACCAUGUCGUUAGGGCCUUCCGUGCUUCAGGAAUUCCGGGUCAAAAAAUUGACUUCCUAUACGUGGACGAGGCUCAAGAUAAUCUUCUCAUUGACGCGCUCUUACUACGAUCUCUUGUCCGAAAUCCAGAUGGACUCUUCUGGGCAGGGGACACCGCGCAAACUAUCUCAGUCGGUAGUUCGUUCAGAUUCAACGAUCUGAAAGCAUUUAUGUUUCGCCUGGAGGAGCGACGCGAGGGGUCCUUGUUUAGCAGCGGCUCCUCGUUUGCACAAGAAGCUCCCCAUAUGUUCCAUCUGGCCGUUAAUUAUCGCUCUCAUGGGGGAAUUGUUCAAUGCGCUCAUUCAGUGAUCGAGUUAAUUACGGAGUUUUGGCCUCAUGCAAUCGAUGUUUUAUCAAGAGAAAAGGGCGUGGUCGAAGGCUCCAAACCAGUGUUCUUCAGCGGCUGGGACAGCGAAACUGUCCGAUAUGAACAGUUUUUGUUUGGAGAAUCAGGAAAUCCGAUUGAAUUUGGAGCGCAGCAAUGCAUCCUGGUGCGGAACGAAUCGGCAAGGCAAGAGCUUCGCACGCAAGUCGGAGAAAUCGGCCUUAUCAUGACUUUGUAUGAAAGCAAAGGUCUUGAAUUUGAUGAUGUCCUAUUGUAUAAAUUUUUCGAAGAUUCAACAGUUGAUUUCUCUCAGUGGCGUGUUGUUCUCAGUCUAUUGGAGAAAAUCAAUGAAACUGGGGUAUCUGCACCGAAGUUUGACGAUGUCCGUCACGCGGGGGUCUGCAGUGAGCUCAAGUUCUUGUAUGUGGCAAUCACCAGAGCCCGGAAGAACCUGUGGAUCGUAGAUUGUUCGGUAAAAGGCGAACCAAUGAGGGAAUUCUGGACGGCUCGCAACGAGAUUCAAAACUGCACUCCUGGUACAGACGUUCCUCGCCUGGCUGUGUCGUCGUCACCCGAGGAAUGGGAGAAAUCCGGGAGGACCCUUUUCACCAACAAACGGUAUCUUCAAGCGAUGCACUGCUUCGAGCGAGCUGCGCUCCCGCGCGAAGUUCGUGUGUCGCAUACGUACUACCUCAGAGAACAAGCCCGGAGCGUGAAGGCGACAGGAUCAAGGCAGAGCAUUUCGGAGCGUCAAGAAGCAUUUCUGGCAGCCGCGGAAGCUUUUAAGGAGUGUGCUGUUUCAACGAUCAACGCCAAGGAAAAGAGAGCCUAUCUCCACAACGCUGGAGACUGUUUCGAACAUGCGCAAGAGGACUUCAAAGCAGCGGAGGUAUAUAAACAGGCGGGAGAAUUCACCACAGCUGCAAAGCUGUAUCGCAAAUGUGCCAAGUUUGACGAGGCCGUUGAAAUCAUCACGCAGAAUCGGCAAGCAGUGGAUUCAAAUGUGGCCCAAAACAUCGUUGAGAUUGCAAAGCUUUUCUACUUCAAAAACAACGAACUGAGCAAAGCCAGCCAAUUGUUUGACACGAUCGACGACCAACUAGAAUACUUGGAAGACUUCGAUCUUGACGUCUCUCGAGCUGCAUUGCUAGAAAACCUGGGCAGAUUCCGAGAGGCGGCCGAAGUUCACCUUGACGAAGGUCGAACAUUUGAUGCAAUAAGACUAUUCCUCAUGGAUGAAAAUGAGGAUUCGAUCUUACGUGGUCAAGAUUGCAUUGUUCGAGGACUCUGGGAGCAUGCAUCGUUUGGGGUCAAUUUAUCUGAACGAAAGGAAGAAGUGACCCGUCUUUUGAAGUUAUCUUCAAACAGGAGAUCCGCGGAUGCCGCUUCUAAGUCAACUCUUGCAGAUGAGUUGGCCAUGUUUCAGGCUAUACGAGCGGGAGAUCUCCCAAAGCUUUGUCUCCUCGGCAGAAAGUUCUCUGGAACCUCAAAUGCUAUAUCGGCAACCCUUUGUUACGACCACUAUUUCAAGACAAUUCCCAUCAUGUAUCGCAUGUCUCAAGCCGAACUCUCCGAACUCCUUCAUGACUUUUACCUCUAUGUUCGCCACCUCCACCGCCUUGGCAACCUUGUCAACCCCUGCCAGGACCUGGAUUUCUGCAAGUUAUUUUGCAUACAGCCUUCAACUGGAGGCAACUUUUUCGUGCCUUGUGAUACUUUCUUGCAUCAAGUACUCUUGGAAAGGCGAGCCUUGCUAAUAAGUUCGAAUGAACAAGGAAUCAUUCUAUCGGAGUGGGAAUUGAAGAAAAGGGUGAAAACUAUUCUUCAGAAUCGACUACUAACCCGCGUCCGACGAGAGAACGACGAAUAUAGGCAGGCGCAAGCCUUCAGCCCUUGCCCCUUUGACAUUAUCAUUGGACAUUGUGGUCGGCCCGAUUGCUCUCGGCGACAUCUCUCGCCGAGCUCCUUGAAUCGUGAUUGGUAUCGUCUGCAAGUCAAGAUUCACCUGCAGCAAAUCAAUAUUAUCCAAACAUUUGCUGUUGUGCCCGUCAACCUUGCAAGUGACAGGAUGAUGCAUUUCAAGCACUGGAUUGGUCGACUCUUUAAUACUUUGCAUCCUUCCAACUAUCGUCUUGGCUCUCCUGCUGACUUGGACUUCUCUUCCAUACCUGAAGCACCGAUCGCAUCUUCAAUCUUGAAGCGAUGGCAUAUGGACUUGCUCUAUGAUCAAACCUAUGCGCCACGAGACAACAGGCUUCUUACCACCGUGUACCAAAUCUCUCGAUUGAGUCGUUUAAUGGGCGACAGGAAUCCAUUGCCUAUUAUCCGAUCUCCGCUGGCGAAUGUCUUCAAGACGGGCCCCGACUAUUGGCGCAAAAGCGGGAACACCAGCGUUUAUAUUGUUCCUGAGCUUGUUGCUGCUUUGGUGUCGGGAAGAUAUAACGCAGUCGUCGGUGGCGUAUCAUUCGUCCGGCAUGUUCUGGAGAAAGCCAUUCCCAUCGAUGCAAACGCCAUCUUCCAUUUGAUCGAUGUGACCUGUGGUUUAAUUGUCUUGAUUCGAAGAAAGCUGGACCUUCAUAACAUAACUAUGCCUCGGAGUUGGCUGGAUAUGCUCCUGCGAAACAUUGACCUCAAAGCCAAUGUUUCAGACAUUCCAAUGGCUUUGAUCAUAGUCUUCGUAGCAUCGUUGGGCCAGCUCAUGCUUAAUCUCCAUAACGGACAGCAACAGCUCUGCGCUCUAUUGGUUGAGAACAAGGAUCUUUUCACACUAUCAGGACAUCGCCCCAUAUAUCUGUCUCGCAUAUGCCGGGCUAUUGCUCUAGUUGGUUACAACCUCAACAACGACGUGCUCAGGAAUGAAAUUGUGAAACUGAUGAAAGCGCUGAGGCCACAGGGUCAGCCACCAUACAAGCAGCCUCAUAAUCUUUACAGAAAUUACACCAGUACUCGGGAGUGGAGCGACGUUGCAAAGGCAUUCCAGAGAUCUACAAACGACUCUUCGCUGGACGAGCUAAUUCAACUUUAUGAUAUAAGCAAGACCGAAUCUCACCCCCCUGCAAGAAGUGUGAGGCGAGUGAUGUUCAAGACAAGUGUUGACGUACAUCGUCUACUGGACCCCCUCAAUCCUGUGCUUGUUUCCAACCUGCGAGCCGAUGCUCCUGCCUUCAUCCCUAAACCUCGUGAACCCGAGGCCUCCACUUCCGUGACUGGGGAAGAACCUGAGCAGGAAAUUGAAGAACCUGAAGCAGACAACACUGAGGUCGUCAAUAUCUCAGCCCCCGUUGAAGUUGCACCAGUUGCAGAGCAGGAAGAGACUAAGCCCCCUUCCGAAGAACUUAUUCGGGCCGCGUCCUGCAUCCAAGCUCGCUACCGGAAGAUUUUGAGAAGCAAACGCCAAACUUCGAGGACGGCGCUGGAGACUUUGCGGGCCAGCUGCUUUGAGGCUUGCCUCGCCGAGUCGCGAAAGAUAGAGUGGCCACCGCGCAGUCACUAUUUGCUACUAUUCUUAGGCCCUCUCCCACACGUGCUGACCUGUCUGAAUGCGGUGCAUACUUGGGUGAUGGAGACGAAGCAACGCAAUAAGAAACGUUUCAAGACGGCCACGCACCAAGAGUUGGACGAUGUCAACAAGCGAUUGACAGAGCAAAAGAAAAUGAUCAACCAGAUACGAGACCUGCGAAAGGCUCUGAACCCCGAAUCUCAGCUUCAUCGCAAACGCGACGUGGAGGAACUCAAGAGGCUGGUACGCGCCGUUGAAACUUUCAUUAGCAACGCUGCAUCCAAUGUGGCGCGGGACGUGGAAGAAGACAUGGCAAGAGGGAUAAAAGGGAUCGUUACAGUCAGAGCGGCACCCAAACCUAAACCCAAACCUACACUCAGAAUUGACGACGACGCAGCCGAAUAUGUCGAAGACGAGGUCGAAAAGCGCAGCAUUGGUGAUGCUAUUGCUGAAGAGUCUAUUAUGGUACCUAUGCGGCGCUCUGAGAAGGAAUGCCGCAUCGUACAAGCGACUCGGGUGAUGGAUAAUAUGACAGGAAAUGGAGGCCAAGAAGUACACCAGGGCGACGAAGGUAAAGAAAUGGUACCGAGGAUGCGGUCUCGUCCGUGGGUGUCUGUCCCGGUUGCAGACCAAGGAGAGGAAGAGACGUCGGGGUCAGAGGAUGGUUCUAGUGAGGACGGCCGUGCAUGGGCGUCGAUUUGA